GAGCGCUCUUCCUGGGGCGGGGCCGGGCCCAGGGCGCAUGCGCACAGGCCGGAGGGCGCCUCCCUGCCCGGAUCUCGCGAAGUUACGUUAGAUCGGCCGCCAGUGACGGGUGCCGCGCCGGGGGCGGGAGGGCUUCUGUGGUAGGAAGGGAGGUCCGCUCGGCCGGGCGCGCCGCCCCAGUGCUCUGUGGGAUACUGGCAGUCUCGAGCGUCUCCUCCCGGUUCCCAGCCUUCCUCGGCCCGCUCUCAUAGAAACAGCCACACACCCCCUGCCUCCCCUCUCUUCCCUCGCCGCCUCCCCCUUCCCCCCUCGCGAUAAGAAGACCCGGCGGCAGGAGAGGGGAUGAAGAUGGCGGACGCGAAGCAGAAGCGGAACGAGCAGCUGAAGCGCUGGAUCGGCUCCGAGACGGACCUCGAGCCUCCCGUGGUGAAGCGCCAGAAGACCAAGGUGAAGUUCGACGAUGGCGCCGUCUUUCUGGCCGCUUGCUCCAGUGGCGACACGGACGAGGUCCUCAAGCUGCUGCACCGCGGCGCCGACAUCAAUUACGCCAAUGUGGACGGACUCACUGCCCUGCAUCAGGCUUGCAUUGAUGACAAUGUUGAUAUGGUGAAGUUUCUGGUAGAAAAUGGAGCAAAUAUUAAUCAACCUGAUAAUGAAGGCUGGAUACCACUCCAUGCAGCUGCUUCCUGUGGAUAUCUCGAUAUUGCAGAGUUUUUGAUUGGUCAGGGAGCACAUGUAGGAGCUGUCAACAGUGAAGGAGACACACCUUUAGACAUUGCAGAGGAGGAGGCAAUGGAAGAGCUACUUCAAAAUGAGGUUAACCGCCAAGGGGUUGAUAUAGAAGCAGCCCGAAAGGAAGAAGAACGGAUAAUGCUUAGAGAUGCAAGACAGUGGUUGAAUAGUGGCCAUAUAAAUGAUGUCCGGCAUGCAAAAUCUGGAGGAACAGCACUUCAUGUUGCAGCUGCUAAAGGCUAUACAGAAGUUUUAAAGCUUUUGAUACAGGCAGGCUAUGAUGUUAAUAUUAAAGAUUAUGAUGGCUGGACACCUCUUCAUGCUGCAGCUCAUUGGGGUAAAGAAGAAGCGUGCCGAAUUUUAGUGGACAAUCUGUGUGAUAUGGAGAUGGUCAACAAAGUGGGCCAAACAGCCUUUGAUGUAGCAGAUGAAGACAUUUUAGGAUAUCUAGAAGAGUUGCAAAAAAAACAAAAUCUGCUCCACAGUGAAAAACGAGAUAAGAAGUCUCCAUUAAUUGAAUCAACAGCGAAUAUGGACAAUAAAAAAAACAAAGAAACAUUGAUUAUUGAGCCAGAGAAAAAUGCAUCGCGUAUUGAAUCUCUGGAACAAGAAAAGGUUGAUGAAGAAGAAGAAGGGAAGAAAGAUGAAUCCAGCUGUUCCAGUGAAGAAGAUGAGGAGGAUGACUCAGAAUCAGAAGCUGAAACAGAUAAGACAAAACCCAUGGCUUCUGUUACCAAUACCAACACUUGUAGUACACAAGCAGCUCCUAUAGCUAUUACAACACCUACGCUAUCAUCCAGUCAGGCAACACCUACAUCACCUGUUAAAAAGUAUGAUUUCAUUGCUCCUCUCAUGCCUGUGGUGGAAUCUGUAGAUCCCGCAUCAUGGAGGCAGGGCUUGCGCAAAACUGGCAUUGUUCUUGUGCCCAGUAAGGGUGAAAGACCUAUGUUUCCUGCAUCAACUACAAAAAUUUCUCCCAAAGAAGAAGAGAGAAAAGAUGAGUCUCCUGCCUCUUGGAGGCUAGGACUCAGAAAGACUGGCAGUUAUGGCGCACUUGCUGAAAUCACAGCAUCUAAAGAAGCUCAGAAGGAAAAGGACACUUCAGGGGUUAUACGUUCAGCUUCAAGUCCCAGGCUUUCCUCCUCUUUGGAUAAUAAAGAAAAGGAGAGAGAUAGUAAAGGUACACGGCUUGCAUAUGUUGCACCUACAAUACCACGACGAUUAGCUAGUACAUCUGACAUCGAGGAAAAAGAAAACAGAGACACUUCAAGUUUACGAACAAGUAGUUCUUACACAAGAAGAAAAUGGGAAGAUGAUCUUAAAAAAAAUAGCUCCAUUAAUGAAGGAUCAACUUAUCAUAAAAGUUGCUCCUUUGGUAGAAGACAAGAUGAUUUGAUUAGUUCUAGUGUUCCAAGCACCACAUCAACACCAACAGUUACCUCUGCAGCUGGGCUUCAGAAAAGCCUGCUUUCCAGCACAAGCACUACUACAAAGAUUACCACGGGUUCUUCCUCAGCAGGCACACAGAGCAGUACCUCAAAUCGUUUGUGGGCUGAGGAUAGUACUGAAAAAGAAAAGGACAGUGUUCCUACGGCAGUGACCAUUCCUGUUGCACCAACUGUUGUAAAUGCUGCAGCUCCUACUACAACCCUGACUACAACUACUGCUGGCACUGUCCUCUCUACGUCAGAGGUCAGGGAGAGACGCAGAUCAUACCUCACUCCUGUUCGGGAUGAAGAAUCUGAAUCCCAAAGAAAAGCAAGAUCUAGACAAGCAAGACAGUCUAGAAGAUCAACACAGGGAGUGACACUGACUGAUCUUCAAGAAGCUGAAAAAACAAUAGGAAGAAGUCGUUCUACCAGAACCAGAGAACAAGAAAACGAAGAAAAAGAAAAAGAGGAAAAAGAAAAACAAGAUAAAGAGAAACAAGAAGAAAAGAAGGAGUCAGAAGCAUCUAGAGAAGAUGAAUAUAAACAAAAGUAUUCUAGAACGUAUGAUGAGACUUAUCCACGAUAUAGACCGGUAUCAACUUCAAGUUCUGCCUCUUCAUCAUCUUCACUUUCCACUAUGAGCAGUUCCCUCUGUGCUUCAAAUCAGCUGAACAGGCCAAACAGUCUUGUAGGGAUAACUUCUGCUUACUCCAGAGGACUAACAAAAGAAAAUGAAAGAGAGGGAGAAAAAAAAGAAGAAGAAAAAGAAGGUGAAGAUAAAUCACAACCUAAAUCCAUCAGAGAACGACGGCGACCCAGAGAGAAAAGAAGAUCUACAGGAGUUUCCUUUUGGACACAAGAUAGUGAUGAAAAUGAGCAAGAACAACAAUCAGAUACAGAAGAGAGUUCCAAUAAAAAAGAAACUCAGACGGAUUCCAUUUCUAGAUAUGACACCACUUCUACAUCAACUAGUGAUCGGUGUGAUACCUUGCCGGGUCGCUCUGGAUCAUACAGUUAUUUAGAAGAAAGAAAACCUUAUAGUAGCAGGCUAGAAAAGGACGAUUCUACAGACUUUAAAAAGCUUUAUGAACAAAUUUUAGCUGAAAAUGAAAAGCUGAAGGCACAGCUACAUGAUACAAAUAUGGAACUAACAGAUCUUAAAUUGCAGUUGGAAAAGGCCACCCAGAGACAAGAAAGAUUUACUGAUAGGUCGCUAUUGGAAAUGGAAAAAAGGGAACGAAGAGCUCUAGAAAGAAGAAUAUCUGAAAUGGAAGAAGAGCUCAAAAUGUUACCAGAUUUAAAAGCAGACAACCAGAGACUAAAGGAUGAAAAUGGGGCCUUGAUCAGAGUUAUAAGCAAACUUUCCAAAUAGAAAAAGAAGAAGAAAAGAAUUUAAAAAGCAGCAGAAUUGCACAUAUUAGUAGCCCAGUGGACCAUUAUUGGCAGUCACUGGAAGCCCAGAAAGAAUCCUUGGAGACUGUCAUUUUUGGAUAUCCUGCCAAAUGCCCUCUUAUUAGGAUUUUGUUUUGUUUCAUUUUCUGGGUUUUUGUUUUUGUUUUUUGGUUGUUGUUUUUUUUUUGUUUUGUUUUGUUUUGUUUUUAUUUUUUAUUUUAAUCAAGACCAUUGUUUCAUGUUAAUGCAGCUGCUGAGAAGAUUUUUUUUUAGUGACUGAGAAAACUUGUUUACAGCUCCAGCAUAUAAAGAAAGUGUUCAAGGCCAGAUAUGCCUCAGAUAUUUAACCAGUAAGCCUUAGUUGUACAUAAAUACGUUUGUGUCAACAAAAACUUUCAGCUCUCACAGAAGACAGUUAUUCACAUUUUUUUGAUGUGCCACAAUUACCAGUUUUUCAAUAUUUAAAUUUUUUUUUUUUUUUUUUUUGCUUUACAUCUAAGUUUGGGUUUGUAUUUUUCCUUCUAACUCUUCAUGUGGCAGAGUUCUACGUUUUCACAGCUUUCUCACAGAAAAAACCUUGCUUUUAUGAGAUUAUUGUCAUGUGUUAGGCUAAUGUGUUGUCUCCCACCUGGAACUGAUUUGCUUGGUGGAAUAUUUGCUUUCACUGUUCGUGCAAUAUGCAUUUAUUUCUUAUAUGAAUGCUUUAAAGUCAACUUAGAUUAGAUCUUUUAAGUCCUAUUCUGCCUUCAUUGGUCACUUUUUGUUUUUGUUUUUUAUUGUAGUAUAAGAUGUUAAAUUCUGUAAUCUUCACAUUCAUUUUAGCAGGUACUGAGUGAUGCUGUAUAUAUAAAUAAGUGUAUUGUGUUGAUUUUUAUACCAUCACAUGGCAUGCUUGACUAUUUUAUUUCAUAUGUCUGUUAAUGGAAAAUAGGCUACUCCAUGAUAGUGUUAAAAACAAAAUUGCUGAAACAAUGUGACAUAAAAACUGUAAAAGUUACACAUUUUGUGGAGCCCUAUCUUUACAAAAAUUUUCUACUGUAAAGUGCUUUUUAUUUUCAGUUUUAAUUUGAUAGUAUUCAGCAUAAAGUUGCAUAAAAUAAUUGCUCACAUUUCACACUUAUAUUUAUCUGAGUGCUGUCUAAAACUGUUGUGCUAGCCAAAGUAAUGCUAUGAAAUCAUUUGCAGACUUAACCGUGAGGUAACGUUAAGUGCACUGUUAUUGCCAUGUGAAGAGGCAUUGACUUUGAUACCACCAUCAUGUUCAGACCAUUUUAUACAUUUCAGUGGGCUUUUUUAAGGGGAAAAAAGCAAAACAAAGUACACAGUGAAGAAAGCUUUUAUUUGGACAAAUAGCUUUUAUAUUUUCACUAAACCAUGCAAAAAGUGAUACAUCUUUCUGGCACAUAACUGUCUCCUUAACCACUGAACAGUUCAGCCAUUUGAAAAAUUGUACAUUAUAAAGCUUAUAGUAGCUGAUUGUAUUAUUGAGUGUAUUGUAUACUAUAUUAAAUGUGAAUUUGUACCCCUUCAUUUUAAAA